CGCCCCGCUUCCCCCAUGGCUCCUCUGGCCGAGGUGGGGGGCUUCCUGGGCGGCCUGGAUGGUUUGGGGCAGCCGGUGGGCGCCCACUUCUUGCUGCCGCCCGCCGGGGAGCGGCCGGCGCUGCUCGGGGAGCGGCGGGGCGCGGCGGAGCGGGCGGGGCGCGGCGGCGCGGCGGCGGCUGCCGAGCUGGCGCACUUGCAGGGCAUCCUGCGGAGGAGGCAGCUCUACUGCCGCACCGGCUUCCACCUGCAGAUCCUGCCCGACGGCAGCGUGCGAGGAACCCGCCAGGACCACAGCCUCUUCGGUAUCCUGGAAUUCAUCAGCGUGGCAGUGGGACUGGUCAGUAUUAGAGGCGUGGACAGUGGCCUUUACCUUGGAAUGAAUGAGAAGGGAGAACUCUAUGGCUCUGAGAAACUAACUUCUGAAUGCAUCUUCAGGGAACAGUUUGAGGAAAACUGGUACAACACUUACUCGUCCAAUGUGUACAAACAUGGAGAUUCGGGGCGGCGAUACUUCGUAGCACUUAACAAAGAUGGUACACCCAGAGAUGGGGCAAGGUCCAAAAGACACCAGAAAUUCACACAUUUCUUGCCUAGGCCCGUGGAUCCUGAAAGAGUUCCAGAACUGUACAAAGAUGUGUUAGUAUACAGCUGAGGAAGAGGAAGCUUUGGAAAGAACUCAUACUGGUGCUGUUCCCCCUGCUGUCCUGGUAUUACCAGCAUGAGGAACCUACAAAAGUCUCGGAUGCCAGACUGGAAGAAGCUACUUUGUGAUAGUCAAGCCUCUGUGUUCUAACCUUUGGAUUUAGGAGACAAAGCCUUACAGCUGAGUGGACCAGCCUCCUUCAAACUUGCUGAGCUGUUCGGUAGUGAGGAACUAAAGGGAAGCUAGAGUGUAACUUUUUCUAAAAUAACAAGCUCUUGGCAAUUGUCUGGAUUACAUAUGAUCCAUAAAUUAGCAAAGAACUACCUACAUCAUGUGGAUGAGAGAACAACUAGAAGAAAUAGAAAGAAAUGGACUGUAAAAUAGCAACAAAUCCUGAGAACUGUAUAUGAAGUUUUAGUGGUUCCACUUUAUUGAUGGACCUUAGAUGUUGAUGCAUCAUAGUCGGAGCUGGAACUUUUAUUCAGGAUGGACCUAUUUAUACAUCUUCAGAUAGCAUAUAUUUAUUUUAUAUAUUUAUUUAUUAAAGAGUUUAUUUUUUACUGGGAUAUGAAGAGAAUACAAGCCCCUUACCCCAAUGAGAAAUCAUUUACAGUGCCAAUAUUUACUCUGAGUAGUGUUGUGGUACAGAAAUGACAUCACAUUGCAAUGCAUCCAAAACCUGAAUGUUCAUAUUUCAUUGUUUAUCAGUUACAGAUAAAGUUAUAUUUUAUGCACAUACUAUUGCCUUGUGGCUAUCCUUAUUUUAGAAAGA